AUGAAAAUAAUCAAGCUACUACUAGUGUGCAUGUUAAUCCUAAUAAACGCAUGUAGAACGAGCAACGAUGAAGAGAAGCAGAGCAAAAUAAUUUCCAUAGACAUGACCGACCUGGAGCAGAUACAAAAUGAUGAGAAUAUUUUUACCUUCCUCAUUGUGUACACACACUGGUGUGAAAGAUCCAGUUCGCUACUCGAAAAUGUGCAGACCAUUUCGAACCUUUUAAAAUAUGAUAGCAAUGUAAAGGUAGCCAAAAUGAACGUUGCUGUGAAUAGUACCGUUAUUGACAGACUUUCCGUCUAUAGUUACCCUGCCCUUUUUAUGUUAAAAAAAAAUGAGACGCACAAAUACAGAGGAGUGAACAGCAUCAAAGGAAUAAUCCUGUGGAUAUACGAAUAUCUUGACGACAGUGUAUAUUCCAUUGAAAAUAAAAAUAAAUUGGACACGUUCCUCCAACUGGAUGAGUAUAAUAACUCCAUUUUAUUCUUUAUCGACAGAAAGGAAAAGGACACCCAUUUGGUUAAAGAGCUAGUUAACAUAUGUACCCUAAUAGGAAAUACCUUCUGCUUCGCUGUUACCAACCCAAGUAUCAUCUCAUAUUUUGAAAAUCAAAUCAUGCGAGAAAAAUAUCACGUCAAUAUGCAGGAUUUACAAAACAAAGACAUGUAUGGAAUUUUAUUCAGAAAUGAUGACUUUGGGGAGAACUUUUAUUUGAUUGAUGACAGCGUGAGCAUUUUAUACAAUCCUGACUACCCCGUGGAGGAAAAAAAACUGGAACUGACAAAAUGGAUACAGAAAAAACUCGAACCCUUGGUUAUUAAAUUCUCUGAGUAUUAUUUCCCCCUUUUUUUUGCAAAUGAUACGGUUAGUUUUUUUAUCCUCUACGACGAUAUAAAUGACCUCAAUAAAGCAGAUAUUAUAAAGUGUGCGAAAAAGUACCCCAAUAUUACCUUCUCCGUGUCGGGCAACAAGGAUGUGUACGAGAAGAGGCUCCUCAAUGAGCUACUUAUCGAGCAGGUCAAAAAACCCGUCAUGCGAAUCACCGAGUUUAAGAAUCACAUCGCCGUUCCGUAUAAGUAUAGGCCCAUCAGCGACGACAUCGAGAUAAACGAGCAGACCAUCGACCAAUUCAUCCAGGACUACCUCAACGAAAAGAAGUACUUCUACCGAAAGAGUGAGAGAGCCCUGCCCGACGAAUUCAACCACGGAUACAUAAAAAUAAUAGUGGCCGACACCUACGAUGAAUACGUGUUUGACAGAACCAAGCAUGUAGUGGUGCUUUACUACGCGCCCUGGUGCGGCCACUGCUACAAAUUCGAGCCUGUGUAUAGGGAAAUUGGAAAGAGACUCAAGAUAUACGGAAACAAAUUCAAGGACUACAACAACGACGUGGUGAUUAGCAAAAUCGACGCGGUUAACAAUGAGAUAUACGACGUCCCUAUCGAGGGAUACCCCACCAUUUAUCUGUACCCGAAAGAGAACAAGAAGGCCCCCAUCAAGUACAACGGCCCGAGGACCGUGGAAAGCAUCAUCUCUUGGAUUUGCGAAAAGACUAAUACCGAUAUAGACAUACAGCAAUUCGUUAACAUCAAUUUGGACGAUGAGCAACUUUUCGAAUCCUAUGAGGAGCUGUGA